AGUUAACACAAAUAACAAAUACUUUCACACAUUUUACUUUUACUUAUCAUAAAAAAUAAUAAUACCUAAUAUUAUAAUAAAUAAUGUUUUACUAUUAAUACUAGGCGUUGUUUUUAGAAAAUCACAAUUAAUUAACUGUAAUUAAGUAUUGUUAUUAAAAUGAGUGACGGAUUAAACAAAUCGGUUGCCAUCGAUGUUAAUGAAGAGGCGGAACCGUUUCAGAAAGAGGACAAAGUGACCAUCAGUACCAACAAAGAUGUUACCGACGGUGCUAUUAGUAGUAAUGCCGCCACAGUAGUUGGUUGUUUAUGCUGUCCGGUGAUAUGCGCAGGGUCUAUUGUAUUUAUUGCGUUAAUUAUAUUUUUGGCGCUCGGCUUACAGAUUAUAUUCAUAACAAUGGGUUCAAUCUACUUACAUGACUGUCCCAUUGCCCCAUCACUGCCCAUAUUAAUGAUAGUGAACGGUGUGUUCGGUUUGUUGACCUUUCAGACCAAAAAGGACAUGGUGUGCGUAGUGUACCAAGCUCGUUUCCCGGACUUUGAAGACCAGGAUUCCGAAUACUACUGUCACCAAAACCUGUAUUUGUCCGCCUAUUGGAUACUUAACAUACUGUUGAGUGUAAUGGCUAUAGUGUUAGGGCUUGCGUUGUUUCCUUAA